AUGUAUCUUUUGCCAGAAGCUGAACAAACAUAUUUGAAGCAACCAAUUCCACCUCAUCCACCACAACCUGCGCAGUUUCAUACUCCUCAAGGUCCAAUUAAAAUCCGGAAAUCACGGCUUUCGAUGUUGAAAACGGGAAUGCAACGAUUAACAGAAGAUCUCGAGAAAAGUGCUCCACGUCCGCGAUCACCACAUAUGGAUAAUGAAGAACCGAUUGAGAUGGCCCAUUAUCCGGCUGGGCAUGCUCCUGAACCCGGUAUCGUUCCACCAAUUGAACGAGCUGAUUUUCCUGCGCCACCAUACCCCUAUGCGCUCGAUGAUGUUAAGCGCCAUCUUUCAUGGUCAUCUGUUGAAAACGACGAUGAUGAAGAUGAUUAUGAUGAGUCAAAUCGAAUAGACGAUGAAAAGCUGCGGCGGGCAGUGGAGCAGUUAGAUACAUAUGACAAAGAUUCGUCAAUUGCUCAUGUUAUCAAACAAAAUCUUGAAGAAGUGCAUAAAAAACAAAGAUUGCCACUGCACUGGGAUCCAAGAAAUGCAAGCCGUACGCCAUCUGCCAAAAAGAUGCCGCAUUUGCGAUUUCGCUAUGACACUCCAGUAAAUGCAUCUCCUUCGCGUCAUGUGAAUCGACCAAAACCAUGGGUUUACUGGCAGAGACAGACAGACAGAGCGGCGACAACAUCAAUACCAUUUUUUCACAUUCCGAGAUCAUACGUUGAAAUGACUGGUCGAUCGGCGACGUUACCGGAUGGUUAUCAUUAUGGUCAAAAUGUUUCCUUGGAUGGUCUCAGCACAACAAUUAGCUCCCACUUUUCUGAUCAAUCGCUAGCUGGACGUGGUGGCACUUUGCCAGAUAACUAUCGUACUUGUACCAUAAAUGGUGCCGGUGCAGGUGAGAGUCGUGGUGCUUUGAGAGGUUCAUUGCCAGAUAUGAGUAAACCGGCAAAAAUCUACCCACUGAACGUGUUACAAACAUCCAACAAGAAAUUGCCGGAUGAUGUGGAUCGCGCACACCUUGAGCGACAUUUAAACAGAAACCAGUUUGAAGAGACAUUCAGCAUGAGUCCAAUCGAGUUCUACAAGUUACCGGAAUGGAAGAGAAUUAAUUUGAAACGAAAAGCAAAACUCUUCUAA